AUGGAUGGGGAAGAAGUUAAGGAGGGAGAGAUGAUUAUCAUGGAUGGAGAAGAAGUCAAGGAAGGAGAAGAAGUCACGGACGAAGAAGAUGUUAUGGAAGGAGAAGAUGGUUUGGAUGGAGAAGAAGUUAGGGAAGGAGAAGAAGUUAGGGAAAGAGAGGAAGUAAAAGAAGGGGAAGAAGUUAAGGAUGGAGAAGAAGUUUGGGAUGGAGAAGAAGUUUGGAAUGGAGAAGAAAUCAAGGAGGAAGAAGAAGCUAAGGAAGGAGAAGAAGUUAUGGAUGGAGUGGAAGGAGAAGAAGUUAAGGAUGGGGAAAUAGUUUGGGAUGGGGAAGAAGUGAAGGAAGGAGAAGAAGUUAGGGAGGAAAAUGAAGAAGAAGUUUUGGAUGGAGAAGAAGUCACGGAUAAAGAACAAAUUAUGGAUGGGGAAGAAGUUAAGUUGGGAGAGAUGAUUAUCAUGGAUGGAGAAGAAGUCAAGGAAGGAGAAGAAGUCACGGACGGAGAAGAUUUUAUGGAAGGAGAAGAUGGUUUGGAGGGAGAAGAAGUUAGGGAAGGAGAAGAAGUUAGGGAAAGAGAGGAAGUUAAAGAAGGAGAAGAAGUUAAGGAUGGAGAAGAAGUUUUGGAUGGAGAAGAAGUUUGGAAUGGAGAAGAAAUCAAGGAGGAAGAAGAAGCUAAGGAAGGAGAAGAAGUUAUGGAUGGAGUGGAAGGAGAAGAUGUUAAGGAUGGGGAAAUAGUUUGGGAUGGGGAAGAAGUGAAGGAAGGAGAAGAAGUUAGGGAGGAAGAAGAAGAAGAAGUUUUGGAUGGAGAAGAAGUCAAGGAUAAAGAACCAAUUAUGGAUGGGGAAGAAGUUAAAGAGGGAGAGAUGAUUAUCAUGGAUGGAGAAGAAGUCAAGGAAGGAGAAGAAGUCACGGAUGAAGAAGAUGUUACGAAAGGAGAAGAUGGUUUGGAUGGAGAAGAAGUUAGGGAAGGAGAUGAAGUUAGGGAAAGAGAGGAAGUUAAAGAAGGAGAAGAAGUUAAGGAUGGAGAAGAAGGUUGGGAUGGAGAAGAAGUUUGGAGUGGAGAAGAAAUCAAGGAGGAAGAAGAAGCUAAGGAAGGAGAUGAAGUUAUGGAUGGAGUGGAAGGGGAAGAAGUUAAGGAUGGGGAAAUAGUUUGGGAUGGCGAAGAAGUGAAGGAAGGAGAAGAAGUUAGGGAGGAAGAAGAAGAAGAAGUUUUGGAUGGAGAAGAAGUCAAGGAUAAAGAAGAAAUUAUGGAUGGGGAAGAAGUUAAGGAGGGAGAGAUGAUUAUCAUGGAUGGAGAAGAAGUCAAGGAAGGAGAAGAAGUCACGGACGAAGAAGAUGUUAUGGAAGGAGAAGAUGGUUUGGAUGGAGAAGAAGUUAUGGAAGGAGAAGAAGUUAGGGAAAGAGAGGAAGUUAAAGAAGGAGAAGAUGUUAAGGAUAGAGAAGAAGUUUGGGAUGGAGAAGAAGUUUGGAACGGAGAAGAAAUCAAGGAGGAAGAAGAAGCUAAGGAAGGAGAAGAAGUUAUGGAUGGAGUGUAA